AUGCAUCUCACCCACCUGCCUCCAGCGUCUCUUCCCGCGUUCGCGCAUCUGAAUCAAAUACAUCUAGCGCUAAAGCCAGUCACCACUCCUUCCUCUGGUACCGGUCUACACUUUAGCUCUACCGCCGCCGACGACGAUUCAGGGCCUCUCGUAAAAAUCCCACAGGAUCUUAUACUCUGUGCCUCCACCGUCGAAGCCCGCGCUAAAUAUGACCAUCACCUUGCGGAAGUCCUGAAGGCUGUCGGAGAGUUCGCCAGGAGCCCAAGGGGCGCAAUAAUGGUUUUUUUGUUGGUCAGCUUUAGUACAGCUGCCGGGUUGGGUGUUGGGCAAAGGGGUGCGUGGAGUGAAUAUGUCAAAUUCCUCCCUGAUCGGGUAGCACUGCCAACAACCUGGACCGAGCACGAGCGUCAUCUUCUGAAAGGCACAAGUCUAGCCACAGCAGUAGAAGCCAAGCUGCACACCCUCAUGACUGAGUUCACGCAUCUACAGACUAGUACAGCUCACCUACCAUGGUGUCAGUCCCACUGGUGGGAUCCUCCUGAGGAGCUUGUACUCGAGGACUGGAUCCAUAUCGAUUCGAUUUUCCGGUCCCGCGUGUUGCAGUUCCCCCGAUUGGGUGUGGGAAUGGCGCCAGUGCUGGAUUUUGUUAACCACGGCGAUUCAAAUGCAUAUUAUAGUAUAGAUGAAGAGGGUGAUGUUGUGUUACUAUGGAGAGAAGGCGUAGAAAAGGAAGGAGAGGUUUUUAUCAACUAUGGAAGUGAAAAGUCUGCCGCCGAGAUGGUGUUCUCAUACGGUUUCAUCGACGCCAACAUGUCUGACGCCUUUUGGCUAUCUCUCGAGCUGCGUCAUGACCCGGAAGACCCACUCGGUUUAGCCAAAGAAGCAGUGAUGAAGGAAUCACUGAGGUUAAGAAUUUUUGUGUUGGAUGAUAAGAUAGCCUGGCUGAGCACUUUCAUUUGGUUAAUGUGUGUCAACACCGAAGAUGGGCUGUCAUUCAGGUUAUUGCAAGAGAACGAUGGGAGUAAGAAGCUGUUAUGUACGUGGGAGGGGGAGGUAGUGGAGGAGAUCUCUCACCUAGAAAGCUUACUAGAGAAAAGCGCACUAUGGGAGGUGUACCAGCUGAGAGCGGUGUCCCUUGUCCAGGGAAGAGUGAUUGAGCAAUUGAAUGAGCUGAUGGCUGCAGAAGAGGAGAUGCAGAGUAUAACUGGAGAAGUUGGUGAGACGGCAGAGAGGUUACGAGUUUUGGAGGGGAAUCUAUUGAGGAAGGCGGUAGAUGACUUGGAGGUGCAGAAAGAACAGUUAGUGGAGACGGAAGUGGUAAAGGAGUACCUGAAAAAGAUGGCGGAAGAUGAGAGUUUUGAGGAGCAGGCUGAGGAUCAAGACGAGAUUCAAGACGAUGAUGAAGAUUUACGGUGA